UGAAACGAUAACGAAUAGGGUGUAAGCAUUCGCGAAGUCACUUUCGGCCGUAAUAUUAUCUGCGUUCUUCCCGUCUCGGAAUUCUCAUGAGCGAUUUUAGACCCUAAAAUACUUAAAUAUUAUACAUAAAUACUUAUAUAAAUAUAUAUAUAUACACUUAUGUACAUAUCUUAACACAUUAUGGACUGGUAUACUUAAAGAAACUAAAGCAUAAGGAGCCAACGUGAUGCGUACAAGCAUCCUGCUUCGUUACAUGUUUAUGAGACUACGUUACUGUUGUUACGUAAUGCAUAAAAAGAAACGACGAGUACAAAUUACACCGUUGUUCGAUUGUCUACGUUCGCGGGCAACUGUACGAAUUUGUGCGACCUGUCCACAAUGUGUUAAGUCGAAGAGUCUAGACUCGAGAUUCCGCGAGCGUUACGUCGCGCGCAAAUUAGAGACUAUAAACGUGUUAAUUCCAAGCGAUUCUAUAUAGACUGAACUUUUUCUAUAGUGCAUUUGAGUUUUUUUGUUGACAAGUGCGCUAUGUUGUUACUGUUUGUGCGAGGUGCGGUGCGUUGUUAUGCAUUUUUUUUUAUUCGAUACCUUUGGACAAUACUCGAGCGGUGCUGGGCGAUCGGCGCUUAUUUCUGGAGUACUCGGCCCUUGGACAAGAUGUUAUCUCUCGCGACACGUUGGAUACACUCGACGAAAGAUGCCACCAUCUUUCUUGAUGCUCGAGACUUCUUAGAGACUAUGUUAAUAAUGAUAGAAUGGCCCUAUUCUGUUUACACGGGCCCCACACGUGCAAUCAUUCGGAGAUGAGCUUUGGUCGCGACUACUUUGAAAGUGACACGUCCGGCGAAAGUCUCUCUAAAAUCGGAGAAGAAAUCGGUCUCUUUUUAUCUGUACGAAAAGAUAUAUUGGCGUAUACUUUUUUUUCCUCUCAAAAUAAGUGUGUCUCGGUUUAUCGAGACGGUAACUGAUAAUUGGUAGGUAUGGGUAUAUGAAUUUUAGCGUUAUGUGAUGUAUAAUGAAUUGAUAUCCCGGCGAGAGUGUUCACGUUUUUACAAUUUUUCUCAUCGAUCUUUUGUACGGUUUUGUACGAUACGCAUUUUGCAUCGAUACGAUGCCAUUUGUGAUACUUUUCUUACAGGUAUUGUACAAUGAAGCUUGAAUAAAAGCUCUGUCUAAGUACACGAGAGUUCGCCAAUAUGCAUUUGAUGCGCGCGAUUAACGAUAAUUUACUUCGAUAACAGCGUACUUUUACAUACUAGCGCACUGCGACACGAUGUACCAGGAAGCUUGGGCUACUUUUUAUUUCGCUCGUGCAAUUAAGUUGCUCAUUAAAAACUCGUUAGAGCGAACGAACGUGCCGUGUAUACCGGAUCGAUGGAAAGGAUGGAGAAUUUCUUCUCGGGUACACAAUAGUUUUAUUGGGGAAAAUGAUGAAGAAAAAAAAAUUAAUUUUUACUCCCUCAGGUGCGAUCCUUUUCUUUUUCAGGCAAAUUUUUUUCGCUGAAAGGACUCGCGAUAGCGCGCGGUUCGCACCUCAUUGUUAGCAUUAUGACGCAGCGACGAACAACCAGGCGGGCACGCUCCGAGGGGGGGUCGGCCGACGCGAGAAGGGGCCCAGCGCGAUCAGUCCUCUCGCCGCUGCUUUCCGGUCACGGUGGCACGCGAGCUCGUGAAAUCGGCCUCGCGCGAUUUUCACCCGCUAGACACGUAAUGUUCUCCCGAGGGAAGUGCCCUCCGUGUUAGGCUAAUCGGAGGAAACAGGUGGAACCCGUUCGACUUCACUGUCCACCUCGGGGGGGAGGGCAGGGCAGGGUUCCCGGCGAUAUAUAUUUUUUUUUCCGGACGUGUGCCGUAGAGCUGCACAAAUAUGUGAGAAGGAGAACCUUAAGGUAUACAAAGAAUCGUACGCGAAUCGCUCGUGCCUGAAAGGAUGACUUUGUUCGAGGAUCAAACGAACCGCGAGUAUCCUCGAAUGGCAGACGAGUCGAGGCGAUCGUACAAGGUCGAGAUUUUGUUUUCUUUGAAAGAAAUGGCAAGAAAGUGCCCUUUUAAUAACUGACUUGUUUCCGUGUCUCCAGAAAGGAGGAUUUCGGAGUAGACUCCUCUCCGAAAUAAAUCAAUUCGAUUUAGGGCGACUUGGUGGAACGAAUGAACUGGUCACAGCUGACAAGAGUGUACAGCCAGGCCGCGAUCAAGUAUUGCGGUUUCUUUUUAUUUUAAUUGCAAAGCUCGCCGUUCAGAACGCGAUGUAAAAACGAGCGCGAUGCGUUUAGCGCUAGGAGUCUCGCAGAAAGGCGCCGGUUAUUUUUAUUGCGUUUUCACGGGUAAUAUACUGGUGCCCGCUCGGCAACGUAGCUGAAUGGCGAGUGCGAAGGAGGGAAUUCGCUUUUCACGCGCUACUAAGCACGUUUCGUGUCAGGAAGGCCCGUUCGUCGAUAUCAAUUCGCGGUGAGGAGUCUGAUCGAUGUUGCCGACGAAUAAGAUAUCGAUUUACAAAUGCCCUCGUCUGCGAAAUGAGAUGCAGGAUAUACGUCUUUAUUCCUCCAGGUCGUCUGUUCGAUUUUCCCAUCGGUCACAAACGAGAGCUCGAACUUUCCUCCUCAAAUUCUCGCCGCAAAGAUCGACGUAACGGGCGAAGAAAUUAAACGACCCAAGGUCCAACUUCGCCAUCCGCGGUGCGAUAUACCCGAUCAAUCUCCACUUCAUCCUUUUAAAUCGUCCGCGUUAUUUCCGAGUGUUUAAUUGCAAACGGGAGCUCGCACUUCUUCUUCGAAUCCUCGUCGUGAGAAUCGACGUGACGAGAGAGAGGCUCGGGCCAAGAUGCAAUUUCGGCCCUCGAUUUCCCCCGAGAUAAAUUCCCGUUCAGCUUCUUUCCUUCGCGCGCGCGGUUCCCGCGGGGGACGGUCGAGAAUCGAUCGCGGUCGAUCCUCGAUUCGCGAGGCGUCCCGGACUCGCGGCGCGAAUUGCGGCGCGAAUCUCGCUCGCGCCCGUAUUGCGAUAAGGAUCGAGCGGGCGAGCGAGGCGAUAACGGGUAAACGAUAACGGGGCGGACGAGUGGAAAGAAAGGGGUAUUUGGGUCCCGGUGGCUGGCAGUUGCGGCGACGCACGCGUCGCGGCCGAUCGCUGGCUCCAUCGCCGCUCCGUCCUCGUCCUCGUCGUCGUCGUCGUCUACGACUCUAUAACGUGCUCGCCUGGACAGGCGCGCACUCCCUCGCGUCGUCGCAACGUGAAAAAUCCCACACGGAUACGCGGACACGGACAGGUGCGCGCGUGGCGAGGAAGAGACUCGAGGAUGCCGCUGUUCAAGGCGCGGGCCACGACGAGAUCGCCGGUAAUGGAGAAAGCUGCGAACGGCGUGCAGUAUCGAGGCAACCAUCAGCAGCAGCAGCAGCAGCAGCAGCAACAUCAUCAUCAUCAGGUUGGCAGUGACAACGGUCAUGACAGCGGCGCGAGCGGUAACGGUACCGGUAGCCGUUCCGGCAAUGGCGCGCCUCCUCUUCAGCACGAGCAGACGAGACCGCCAGCUCGGGAGCCGAGGCCGUCGUCGCUGGUCUUCCACUGCCAGCUGGCUCACGGCAGCCCCACGGGGCUGAUAUCGGACUUCAGCAAUGUCCGAGAGCUGUACCAGAAGAUCGCCGAGCGCUACGACCUGCCCGCGGAGGAGAUUCUCUUUUGUACGCUCAACACGCACAAAGUGGACAUGACGGAGCUGUUAGGCGGACAAAUUGGCGUGGGCGACUUCAUAUUCGCGCAUAAGAAAGGCCGGCCGAAAGAGAUCGAGCUGGUGAAAACGGACGACGCGCUGGGUCUGACGAUCACCGACAACGGCGCCGGUUACGCCUUCAUAAAGCGGAUAAAGGAGGGUUCCGUGAUCGACAGGAUAAAGGUGAUCGAGGUGGGCGACCACAUCGAGAGGAUCGACUCGACCAGCCUCGUCGGCAGGCGGCACUUCGAGGUGGCGAAGAUGCUGAAGGAGAUACCGAAGGGCUCGACGUUCACGCUGAGGCUGGUGGAGCCGCAGAAGAACGGCUUCGGCAGCAUCGGGCCGCGCGGUGACCUCAAGAGGGGAAAGAAGGCCGGCUACGGAUCCGGCAAGGAGACCCUGAGAUUCAAGGCCGACGGUAGCGCGCAGAUCGUAGAGCAGAUCGAUGAUGCCGCUGUGAUAGGCGUCGAGAAGAUCAACACUAUCUUGGAGAGCUUCAUGGGCAUCUCCGAUACGGAGUUGGCCACGCAAAUCUGGGAGCUGGCCGAGGGUAAAUGCAACAGUAUAGACUUCGCCGAGGCGAUAGACAACUCCGACUUGGAGGACUUUGGUUUCACCGACGAGUUUGUGAUCGAGUUAUGGGGCGCCGUGACGGAUGCCAGAGCCGGCCGGCACCGAUGACGCGAGGAC